AUGAGAGGCUCGUUCCAGCUGUACGCCGACAUCCCGUUCUCGCUGGCCGGCCUGGCCGGCGGCUCCGUGCUGUUCGCCGCCACAGACCGUAACGACAGCGUCACGUCACCGUCGCCGUCACCGCCGUCACCGCCGCCGUCACGGCCGGCCGACGCGUCCCCGGUCCGACCGCCGGCGCCGCCCGCCGACCCCACCGUCCCCCUGAGGAACCCAACCGUCAUCAUGUCAUACGACCGCCGAGAGGACAGAGUAGCCGCCGACGGGAGGCGCGGCAGAGCGAGGGAGGAGGCGGCGCUGCCCGUCACCAGCGGGUUCCAUGACGCCGCGCUGGUGAUGCUGCAGAAAAUGGGCAUGGAGGGCCGGCCGUGCCUGCUGAGGGCGGUCUGCGAGCUGUCCGCCAGGCCGCUGAGCUCCAACGGACUGCUCGGAGACCUCGUCAACGCCGUGGUCGAGAUUCCCUCAACCAGCGACAAAGUGCUGGAGGAGGAGCUGAAAGUCUCUCGGCAGCUGGGCCUCCGAGGGGCGCCGUGUACCGAGGUGUUCGACAACUGCGACAACUUCGUCAUCAACCAGCUGGCCAAGUGAUGGUCCUCUGGAUCAGCCGCCUCGGGCGGCUUUGGUG